CACACCCCGCAUUUACCCCUUAUCCUGGUCCAGCACACUCCCCUCUCUCUCAAGAUCCCUCUUCUAUUAUUAUCAGCAGCGACUUCCAUUUCUCGAGAUCUUGAUACUCUCAUCAUCCGCUGAAUCUUUGCCUCCAGUUUCGGGUCCGAGCUUUUUUCGCUGUCGAUUCGAGGGAUCUGAGGCCAUCUCUCGGCGAUAGGCGGAGGAUGUGAAGGGAGAUUGGGGGCGAAAAUGGCGGGAAAUGGCGCUGGAAGCAGCAGCGGAGGCGGCGGUGCUUCGAUCAGCGCCGCGGCGGCGGCGAUCGGAUUGGCGGAUGCGAGACUUCCCGCUCAAGAAAGAAGAAGCAGAUGGGGAGGUAUUUUCAGCUGUUUUGGAUCACAGAAGGGAAACAAGCGAGUCGUUCCUGCGUCCCGUGUUAGUGAUGGAAAUAUAUCCACCAGUCGUGGAACCGGGUCUCAGUCCGCUGGACCUCCUAAUCAGAACACAAAUCUAAACCUUUCUAUUCUUGCUCCUCCAUCAUCACCAGCAUCUUUUACAAACUCUGCCCUUCCUUCCACAGCCCAGUCACCCAGCUGUUUCAUGUCAAUGUCUGCCAAUUCUCCUGGAGGUCCAACAUCAACCAUGUUUAUGACAGGGCCAUAUGCGCAUGAAACCCAAUUGGUUUCACCUCCUGUCUUCUCAACUUUUACUACCGAACCCUCUACUGCUCCCUUGACCCCACCUCCUGAGUUAGCUCACUUAACCACACCUUCAUCUCCCGAUGUUCCUUAUGCACAAUACCUUUCAUCUUCGCUCGAGCUUAAAGGUUCCAAUAAACAUAACAGUAUGCCUUUCUUGUCAUCAGGUUAUUCUGUUGGUAGUGAUCUUCAAGCGACAUAUCCUCUUUAUCCUGGAAGUCCUUCAAGUAGUCUCAUAUCGCCUGCUUCAGCAACUCCUAGGACUGGGUUAUCAUCCCCUUUCCCUGAGCAGGAGGUUCCCAGUCAAUGGGGUACUUCUCGUGAUUCCCCUUAUUCUAGGAGUGGAUCAAAGUUGUUUGGAUUUGAUUCUUCUAGCUCUAGGAAUUUCAUGUCUACAGAUUCUAGUUUCUUCCGCCCUGCUACCUCUGCACAAUUUUAUUUAGAUCAGGCUCAACAGUCAUUUCCAUCUUAUUCUCAGUCUGCUGGAAAGUUGAGCAUUUCAAGGGAGGCGGAUUCUUAUUCAAAUGUUGCAAAUAGACAUAACAAAGCCUGCAAACAGGACGUAGAAGAAAUUGAAGCGUAUAGAGCAUCGUUUGGUUUUAGUGCAGAUGAAAUCAUCAGUACACAGCACUAUGUGGAGAUUUCUGAAGCUGCUGAUGACUCCUUCACUAUGUCUCCUUUUGGUAACAAUAAGCCAUGUAUAGAUCCUUUCCCGGUAACUGAAUUAACAAUUGGAGGUCAAACAAUUGGAGCGAUACAUACAAAAACUCAAAAGGCAAUGUCAGAUGAGAGUGGCAGCGGAGGCCAUAAUGAAGGAAUGCAUUCCAGCAAUAAUCAUGCAGAUUCUAGGCAAAAGUGUCCAUCUGAUGGCAGCUUCCCUUCUUUGAAGGGAGGAGAGGAGAGGCUUUCAAAGUCCUUGCGUCGACAACUUAGCAAGAGGUUUUUAUCAGGACAGUCGUGCUCGGAUGCGGAAGUCGAGUACAGAAGAGCGAGAAGUUUGAAAGAUACACACAGCCGUCUGGCUUGGCGCACCUCACCAUCGUAACUCCCAACCUUUUCAUGUACUAAUUCUGUCGGUAAUUUAAGCAUAUCCUAGGCAGUAUCAUAUUGUUACUUGGUUUCUUGAAGAAGCCACAUUUCGGUUGAUUGUACUGUCACUGAAUUCUAAUCCUUCCCC